AUACGCGAGGCGGGGGCGGGGGCCCAGGCAGGAGCAGCGAAUCCCCUGCCCCCUACCCGGCCUUUCCCCGGCGCCCGGAACAUUGAGAGCGCGGAACCUCGUUGCCGAAUCGCCGGCGCGGCGGACCCGGAGGACGAUGGAGGGGGCGCGCGGGCCGCGGGCUGAGGUCCACGCGCUCGGGGAGGGGGAGGAGGAGGCGGAGAAAGUGGGAACGGCCAUGGCUGCCGUGGUGGCGGCGGCGGGUGGCGCGGGCCCGGCCGUCUUGCAGGUGGCCGGCCUCUACCGCGGCUUAUGCGCAGUGCGCAGCCGCGCCCUGGGCCUGGGGCUCGUGUCAGCCGCGCAGCUGCGCGUGUUCCCGGUGCGCCGCAGCUCGGGCCGGCCCGCCGGGGGAGCCGACGGCAGCGGCGUCGGCGACGAGCUCGAGGCCAACCCCUUCUACGACCGCUACCGCGACAAGAUCCAGCAGUUGCGCAGGUCUGACCCAGCUGCUUUUGAGUCCAGACUGGAGAAGCGCAGUGAGUUUAGGAAGCAGCCAGUGGGGCACUCCAAGCAAGGUGACUUUAUUAAAUGUGUGGAACAGAAGACACUGGGGAAACAGCCUGUGAGCAGAGGAUUCACUAAGGACAAGACUCUCAGUUCAAUCUUCAACAUUGAGAUGGUGAAAGACAAAACUGCAGAAGAAAUAAAACAGAUUUGGCAGCAGUAUUUUGCAGCAAAAGAUACAGUCUACGCAGUUAUUCCUAAAGAAAAGUUUGAUUUGAUUUGGAACCGGGCUCAGUCCUGCCCAACAUUUCUCUGUGCACUACCAAGAAGGGAAGGUUAUGAGUUUUUUGUCGGGCAAUGGACAGGUACUGAACUCCACUUCACUGCACUUAUAAAUAUUCAGACCCGAGGGGAAGCUGCGGCCAGCCAGCUGAUUUUAUAUCACUACCCUGAACUUAAGGAAGAAAAGGGCAUAGUGCUGAUGACAGCAGAAAUGGAUUCCACAUUUCUGAAUGUUGCUGAGGCACAGUGCAUGGCCAACCAAGUGCAGCUCUUCUAUGCCACUGAUCGAAAAGAGACCUACGGGUUAGUAGAGACCUUUAACUUCAGACCGAAUGAGUUCAAGUAUAUGUCUGUCAUCGCUGAGUUGGAGCAAAGCGGACUUGGAGCCGAACUGAAAUGUUCUCAGAACCAGAAUAAGACUUAGGGAUGUCAGGUUGGCUUACAGAGUUUUCUGCUCAGCCCUGGAUAGUACUGAGCCUACCCACCCCUUGAACUCUUGGAGGCUUGGUAUCUAUAAUGAGCUGUCUCUAAGGAAUCGUCCUGUGUGCUUAUUGCAAGAAGUAACGUGGAGGUGAGCCCUGUUACUUGAUAUUCAGGAACAAAGAUACCCAAACAUUCUGAUAACUGUCUCCCAGCGUACUUGAAGUUUCUUUUUCAAGUGUUUGAGGUCACAUCCAGAGACAAUCAGGGAUCCACAAGAUGGUUGACUUAAUUAUAUGCACUGUAAGAGUAUAUUUGUUCUCUGGCCAUUUUGACUGCACAGCUCCUAAUAAUUAAUUCCUCACCUUUAUAAACUGUGACAGGUUAAUAAGCUUGAAGACCUGCUGUAGUUAGACAUGGUCUUUGCAUACUCUUCCCACUUGGCUAGCCAAAGGCAUAACCCAGUUAGACCCUCGAACAACCACAUAUUGCCAUCAGGAUUAAGAGUCUAUCUAGAUGCUCCCAGAAUUGCUGUUAGUGUAGCUGAUUUGGAGUAUCAGCAGAUUUCAGGUAUAUUAAAAGUACAGGUACAGUGCCUGCUGCCUGCAUAUUUUUAAACCAUAAUUUGUGACACCUGCAUCUCUAACUAUUCUGCCUUUUGGAAGCUGUGUAUUUGGAGGGGCUGAAUUGGUGCAGUAUAAAUAAAUCAACUAUUUUGUAAACAAAGGAUCAAUCCAGAUUUGCUUUUUGUUUUUUAAACAACUCUAAACCAUGCCAGUAUUAUAUUAAUAGAAAAGGUAGGUGGAAGCAAAUGUACCCUAUUGUGUGUGUGGGAAAAUGUAGCAAUAAAAUAAAGUCUGGCUUAUAAUCUUUGUUACACUAAAUAGUGAAAUCUAA